AUGCAGACGAGUGGUGGUGCCAAAAACCCGCCAUGGGCGCGACCAAAUGUAAAUGCAAACAUGACCGGCAUAAAUCCUCAAAUAAUGGAUCCAAAUACUAUGAUGACACAACAAGGAAUGAUGCCGUUUCAACAAACACAAGCAGUAUUUAAUCCUGGCAUGAUGCAGGCACAAAGUGGGAUGGCUAUGCCCAUGGCUGGACAAAUGCAAAUGAAUCAAAUGACUCAAGGCCAGAUGUACCCGGGAAAUGUUGUUGCGUACCCAACACCACGUGCAAUGAAUCCAGGAUUAUAUCAGAAUGCUCAAGCUAAUCAACCUCAACCACCGCCUGAACAGCGAGUGUUUACAGGCACGGUUACGAAAACUCAUAAUGAUUUUGGUUUCGUUGAUCAUGAUGUGUUUUAUCAAACAUCCGUUUGUGCGAAAGUGGAAUGCAACUCGUGUACAGGUUCUACCGAAAGC